AUGAGUAAUACUUGGAAAAAUCCAAGUAGCAGCAAUUAUAAUAACACAGCUAGAGAUUCAUGGCCUCAAGAGAGCUCAGGAACGAGAGAAUUACCCAAUGACGAAGAUAUUCGAGGACCGAAACAAGAACCAAUUCCUGAUAAAGAUAAUUGGAAUUUAGGAAGACCAUCGGCAUCCACUGACGAUGAAUGGGUAACGAAUAAAUCAGCUCCCGAAAGUGGUUGGGGAACACGAACCUCUAGUAAUGAUAAUUGGGUACAAUCUUCAACCCCUCAAGAUGGUUGGGGACCACAGGUUCCUAAUGAAGGCAAUUGGGCACAGGCUUCAACCUCUCAUGAGGGUGGUUGGGAAACACAAGGAGCGCCAGUAAAAGUUGAUUGGGCGAAUAAACAAGAAAAUACUUCCACUGAAGAUGUGCUUAUAACCAGUCAAGUAGAGGAGGAAGUGCAAUCUGCCUUUGUUGAAAAUGAUGUAAUGAAAGAGGGGCCAACUCCUUCUCAAGAUCAAGAAGAUAAUCGCGUGAUAAAAGCAAGUCCCUUAUAUGACGAUUAUGAGGGUGAUGAAUGGGUAACAAGUGGUGAAAACAAUUAUACAACAAAGCAAGUUCCCACUCCCGAAGAAGAUGAAUGGAUAACAAGCCAACCGUCUGCUUCUUUCAAUGAUUAUAAAAACGAUCAUAUGAUAAAGCAAGCGCCUACUCUUGAAGAAGACGAAUGGUUAACAACCUCGAUUCAUGAUCGUGAAGAUCAAUGGAAAAGACAACGUUUUCGUCACGAAAGUAACGGUUGGAAUAGAAAAAGUCCGUCUGAAGAUAAUCGUGUAUCUAAAAAAUUUGAUACAUAUAAAGAUUCAUGGGGUGGUAAAGGCCGCUCUGAAGGCUCAUGGGAAGCAAAGAAAAAUGGCGCAAAUGAUGGAUCUUCCUUAAAGUAUACUAGCACUCGUGCCAGAUCUGUUGAUCAACCCUCAAAAGUUACUUUAAAUAAUCCAAUCGAUACGUUAGAGAUAGAACCUGAUGAUUUAUCUACUCUUGCUAUGCAGGAAGUAAUCCAUAAUUCUUUUACAACACUACAAAUUAAAAAGCAGCAUAACGAAUAUAACCAAUUUGAAGAACAUGACUUAAAUGAUAAUUCAGAUCAACAUUAUAUUCAACAGCACACAUCAGGAUCCAAUAAUAAAAACGAUAAUUUGGAACAAGCAGAGUCUUCGUUCGCUACCAAUUAUCAAGAGCGGCCGGGCAAAGUGUUUCGUGAUGUAGGAGUUCAAACUGAUCCGAUUGAUUUAACAUCACUCGAAGUGCAUUUAAAUAGUAUUGAUCCCUCAAUAAUGAACAUUUUGCGCGAAAAGUUGACUUCAUAUGGUGUUGGGCCGAUCAAAAAUAUGUCAUCAAUAGAAGCUUUUGGUUCAAAAAAUACGUUACCUUUACCUGCAUUAUCGACGCAAAAUAAUUCGACAAUAGAUAUUGAACCGAAUGAUAUUGUCAAGUUUGAGCAAAUAAAAGUCUACGUCUAUAAACCGGAAGAUUCGUUUGUUAAGCAAAAUAAUCCGGGUAAUACAUGGAGUGCACCUACAGAAAAGCCAACUAAUUUAGGUCAAUGGGGUACUUCUACACAAUUAUCGAAUGAAAAUGAAAAUGCUGAAUCAAAAUUGAACGCUCCUUCAAAUGAACCGCCACAAAUGAUUUCUAAUACGUGGAAUGCACCUACAGUAAAGCCAACUAAUUUAGGUCCGUGGGGUGCUUCCAUGAAAUCAUCGAAUGAAAAUGUUGAAUCUAAAUGGAACGCUCCUUCGAAUGAACCAUCACAAGUGACUUCUGAUACAUGGGGUGUACCUACAGAAAAGCCAACUAAAUUAGAUCCAUGGGAUGUUUCCAUAAAAUCGUCGAAUGAAAAUGUUGAAUCUAAAUUGAACGUUCCUUCAAAUGAACCGUCACAAGUGACUUCUAAUACAUGGGGUGUACCUACAGAAAAGCCAACUAAAUUAGGUCCGUGGGAUACUUCCACAAAAUCGUUGAAUGAAAAUGUUGAAUCCAAAUUGAACGUUCCCUCGAAUGAACCGUCACAAAUAACUUCUAAUACAUGGGAUGUACCUACAGAAAAGCCAACUAAAUUAGGUCCGUGGGAUACUUCCACUAAUGAAAAUGUUGAAUCCAAAUUUAACGUUCCUUCGAAUGAACCGUCACAAAUGGUUUAUAAUACAUGGGGUGCUCCUACAGAAAAGCCAACUAAUACAAUUAAAGAUAGCUCAGGUCCUUCGUAUGAAUCAGUACGAAAAAAUGUAGAUCCUUGGGAUGUGAAACCGUCCAAUGAGCUGCCACAAAUGACAUGGGAUGCACCUACAGAAAAGCCAAUAAAUACAAUUAAAGACAGUUCAGGUCCUUCGUAUGAGACAUCACAAAAAAAUGUAUAUCCUUGGGAUGUGAAACCGCCUAAUAAUUCGUCACAAAUGACAUGGGGUGUGCCUACAGAAAAGCCAACAAAUACAAUCAAAGACAGCUCAGGUCCAUCGUAUGAGACAGCAGUAGAUUCUUGGAAUGUGAAACCGUCUAAUGAACCGCCCCAAAAGACAUGGGGUGCGCCUACAGAAAAGCCAAUAAAUACUAUUAAAGAUUCAGGUCCAUCGUAUGAGAUAGCACAAAAGAAUGUAGAUCCUUGGGAUGCGAAACCAUCUAAUGAACCACCGCAAAUGACACGGGGUGCACCUACAGAAAAGCAAAUAAGUACAUUUAAAGAUAACUCAGGUCCAUCGUAUGAGACAGCACAAAAAAAUGUAGAUCCUUGGGAUGUGAAACCUUCUAAUGAGUCGCCACAAAUGACAUGGGGUGCGCCUACAGAAAAGUCAAUAAAUACUAUUAAAGAUUCAGGUCCGUCGUAUGAGAUAGCACAAAAGAACGUAGAUUCUUGGAAUGCGAAACCGUCUAAUGAACCGCCACAAAUGAUAUUGGGUGGGCCUACAGAAAAGCCAAUAAAUACUAUUAAAGAUAACUCAGGUUCAUCGUACGAGACAGCACAGAAGAAUGUAGAUACUUGGGAUGUGAAACCGUUUAAUGAACCACCGCAAAAGACAUGGGGUGCGCCUACAGAAAAGCCAACAAAUACUAUUAAAGAUAACUCAGGUCCUUCGUAUGAGGCAGCACAAAAGAACGUAGAUCCUUGGGAUGCGAGACCAUCAAAUAAGCCGCCGCAAAUGACAUGGGGUGCGCCUACAGAGAAGCCAACAAAUAUAAUUAAGGAUAGUUCAGGUCCUUCAUAUGAGACAGCACAAAAGAGUGUAGAUUCUUGGGGUGUGAAACCGUCCAAUGAGCCACCACAAAUGGAAUGGGGUGCACCUACAGAAAAGCCAACAAAUACUAUUAAAAAUAACUCAGGUCCUUCGUAUGAAACAGCACAAAAGAAUGUGGAUCCUUGGCCGUCGCAAAAGACAUGGG